UGAUGGAGGAGGAGAAGUACGGGAAAAUCGGUGGAACUUCCAUUGAAACACCGCUUAAUUGCAAACAACUCAUUAGUUUGAACUACCCUGGUGUCGUCAAGAAUCCUUCGAUGAUGAUAGAAACACUUGGUGGAGAAAGCAAGUUGACAAAGGCUUUUAAUGAUGACCAUGCACCCCUCUCACUCAACUUCCAGCCUGGUAACCCUUACUGUAAGCCAGCUCGAGGCGUGGCCUGCAGGUCUACGUCCCUACUCAUGAAGGUCAAACGUCGAUACAGAAGGAGGAUAGACAGUGAAGUUGGAGGUCUGAAGACUGGUUCCCACGGAGAGAUGGAUGGGAAUUCAGCAAACGGGCAAUAUUCUGCAGAGGUUCUUGGUGUGAUUGGACAAAAAUAUGAAUUUCCAUACCUGUGUGACUUUCAAUACCUGCCGUGCGAACACAAAUCCAGCGGGGGAGAAGCGGAGAGCCUGAUUGGGAAGAUCCUCCCUUCGGCCGGUGAGGAUAUUAGUUAUGUGGACAAAGACACUCCAUCUUUCAUGCUACCUGAGAUGUUCUCCAAGUUCGACAAACCCAUCCCUUACAAUUACAAGGCAGGCCACCAGCUCCCGAACUCCAAGCAGCAGCACGAGAUGGACUUUCGUGCCAAGCUCAUUCAGCACGGGAGGCACAAGCGGACCAACUAUGCCCAUGUCGUGUCGACCAUGGGUGAUUUUGAGAUUCCAAAGAAACCCCAUCCGAUUGCUGUAGAACAGCUUGAAGCUCAGAAACCAGGAGCCACUACGGAUGAGAUUACAAAGCUCUUUGAACAGCGCCCCCUAUGGUCACGGAAUGCAUUGCGAUGUAACACGGAGAUCUCAACCAUCCUGAUUAAGGGUAUCCUUUGUGUGGUGGCGUACUACUUCCAACAGGGUCCCUGGAGAGGGCUGUGGUGCCGCAUGGGGUACGACCCCAGAGAACAUCCAGAGUCAAAGAAAUACCAGCUUCUUGAUUUCAGGAUAAGGAAAGAGCUGACUGACAAGAGAUUGAAGUUGCUGCUGAAGAAGAAGCGAAUGAUUCUCUACCCUCACCAAUCCCUGAAGCACAAGAAGGGUGUUCCUACACCCCUACUAGGCAGCAAUCCUGGUCAGCAGGUGGAUCAUAAGGAAACUAUUGAUUCGUACUACAUCAUGAGACGAGGGAUCCUACCGGCAUACCACCAGAUGUUCUACCAGCUGUGUGAUCUGGAGGACCCAGAGCUCCAGGCCAUCGUCACCAACCCUCUCUGGCACAAGAAGAGGCCCAACAUGAAGACGGGUUACUUUGAGGUGGAGAUGUUCCGUCAGCUCCGGGACGCCCUCACUCAGAUGAUCAAGGAUACCGUGCUGGAAGUCAAUGCAAAAAAAUUGCAGCAAGAUAAUGCUAGUCAGAGUGUUGUGACUUCAACAUCUACAUCCACUCCGGAAACACAGGAGGAAGGAGAGCCAGGUGAAGAAGAUGAAGUAGCGAUAGGUGAAGAAGAAGAAGAAGAUGAUGAAGAAGAUGAGGAAGAGUUAGAUGAAGAAGGAAUAGAAGAUGAAGGGGAGGAGAUGGAAGAGCAGGAUGUCUUGGAUGUUGGACAAGGUGUGAUGGAGAAUGAGAAAGGGACGGAGAAAGAUGACAAAGAUGGUGGGGAGGAGAGUGAUAGCGAGAACGAAAUGGCCAUGGAAAUGUUGGAAUUCAUGGACAGUAGUAUGAUGCCCAGCUGAUAAAGACUGGUGGUAAACCGGAAAUAAUAAGGAAAUUAUUUUCUUAGUUGUGGUUAGAGUUCAUAAACAUUUCUUAGAGGUGUCGUGGACGAGUGGAUAUGUCACCGGACUGUGGAUCACAAGGUUCGCGGUUCAAGUCCCACUGCGGC